GCUAUUCUCAGUUGCACUGUGAUCCUGGUGCUGUGUGGACCGGCUGAGCUGCGCUAAAUGGAGCUGAAGUCGUCCAGAGUGUGAAGUAGAGAGCAAAACAGCACUUUGGACCACCACCUCAAGCCGACAGGACAGAACCAUCCACUUUGGAUUAAGGACUCAACAGUAAUGUGGAUGGAAUAUUCCAGCCUGGGGACAGUUGCAGACUUAGUUAUGACUCUUGAACCAAUAACCUGCCAUUGAUGCUUGGCUAGAAGAAGAACUCCCCGUGACCCGUGACUGGACUGUGACCCAGGUUAGAAGGAAUGGGUCUUGCAGGGUAGGAGACCUGCAGAAUCUGGACCAAGCUGGUGGAGCAUCACAGAACAGAUAGGGCAACAACCACUCCUCAAAUAUUGGCAGGAUUAUCGGAGGCAUGUAUCGUAGAGACUUUCCUUGCCUCAGGAGCAUGGGCUCCUGCUACUGCAGCGCGGUGCUGUUGUGUGCGCUGGUUCUGUUCAGGACAGACGGCACCACUGCUCACAAGACAAAGACCAAUGUGCCACGGCUAAAACUUUCAUACAGAGAAAUGCGAGAGUCCAAUAACCUGGUGACCUUCGAGGGGCUGGUCAACAGUUCAUCCUACCACACCUUCCUGCUGGAUGAGGAAAAAGGUCGACUGGUGGUGGGAGCAAAAGAUCACAUCUUCUCCUUCAACCUUCUCAACAUCAGCAAAGACUUUGCGCAGAUCCCCUGGCUGGCUGCUCCCAACAGACGCGAUGAAUGCAAGUGGGCAGGAAAAGAUCUCUCGAGGGAGUGCUCCAAUUUCGUCAAGGUGCUGGAACCCUUCAACCAAACGCAUGUUUACGCGUGCGGCACUGGGGCUUUCCACCCUGUGUGCACCUACGUGGAGGUGGGGAAGAAAGCAGAGGACAACGUUUUCCGGCUCAGCUCCCAGAUAGAAAACGGAAGAGGGAAAAGCCCUUACGAUCCCAAGCUCACGACUGCCUCCAUGCUAAUUGAUGGGGAGCUGUACGCCGGAACCUCAGCUGACUUCAUGGGACGGGACUCCGCAAUUUUCCGCACGCUUGGAAAACACCACCCAAUCAGAACUGAGCAGCACGACUCCCGCUGGCUGAACGAUCCAAAGUUUGUUGGCGUCCAUCUGAUUCCAGAGAGUGACAACCCUGAGGAUGAUAAGAUCUACUUGUUCUUCCGUGAGAACGCGAUAGACGGGGAGCACGCUGGGAAGGCCACCCAUGCUCGGAUCGGACAGUUGUGCAAAAAUGACCUGGGAGGUCACCGGAGCCUGGUGAACAAGUGGACGACCUUCCUGAAGGCGCGGCUGGUCUGCUCAGUCCCCGGAAGUAACGGCAUCGACACGCAUUUCGAUGAGCUCCAGGAUGUUUUUCUUAUGAGCACAAAGGAUCCCAAGAGUCCAAUCAUCUACGCAGUAUUUACUACUUCCAGCAACAUUUUCAAAGGCUCGGCGGUGUGUGUGUACAGCAUGACGGACAUCAGAAGGGUCUUUUUGGGUCCCUACGCCCAUAGAGACGGACCGAACUAUCAGUGGGUGCCCUUUCAGGGACGGGUUCCGUAUCCGCGCCCCGGCACUUGUCCGAGCCAAACCUUCGGAGGGUUCGAUACAACAAAAGACCUUCCUGAUGAAGUGGUGACCUUCGCCAGAAGCCACCCGGCCAUGUUCAACCCUGUGUACCCGAUGAACCACGGGCCAAUCAUCGUCAAAACCGAUGUCGAUUAUCAGUUCACUCAAAUCGUGGUGGACAAAGUGGAAGCUGAGGACGGACAGUAUGACGUCAUGUUUAUUGGCACCGACAUGGGGACAAUACUCAAAGUAGUGUCCAUCCCCAGAGGGUCCUGGCACGACCUAGAGGAAGUCCUGCUGGAGGAAAUGACAGUUUUCAGAGAACCGACUGCCAUCACAGCCAUGGAACUAUCAACCAAACAGCAACAACUGUACCUGGGCUCCGACAUCGGCGUCUCGCAGAUGCCUCUGCAUCGCUGUGAGGUUUAUGGAAAAGCCUGCGCUGAAUGCUGCCUGGCCCGCGACCCCUACUGCGCCUGGGAUGGGACCGAAUGCUCCAGAUACUUUCCCAUGGCAAAGAGGAGAACAAGGAGACAAGACAUCAGGAAUGGAGACCCGAUAACACAAUGUUCAGAUCUGCAACACCAAGAUGAGCUGAGCGGCGAGAAAAGUCUCCAGGAUAAGAUUGUUUACGGCGUGGAGAACAGCAGCACUUUCCUCGAAUGCAGUCCAAAAUCGCAGCGAGCCCGGACGUACUGGCAGUUCCAGCAUUCAGCUAAAGACCGCAGGCAAGAGGUGAAGUCAGACGAACGCGUCAUCCCCACGGAGCAAGGCCUGCUCAUCCGCACCCUGAGCAAGAGAGACUCUGGCAUCUACCUGUGUCAGGCUGUGGAGCACGGCUACAUGCAGGCGCUUAUGAAGGUCACGCUGGAGGUCAUCGACUCAGAGCGCCUGGAGGAUCUGCUCCACCGCGACCGCGACGAAGAGGCGGGCCAGACGCCGGACUUUUCCUCUCCUCGAGAAAGUCCCAACCAGAAGCUGUGGUACCGGGACUUCCUCUCAUUGGUCAAUCACCCGACUCUGAGCAGCGUGGACGACUUCUGCGAGCAGAUCUGGAAGAGGGAGAAGAAGCACAAGCGUCAGAAAGCGCACCUGGUGCAGCAGGUCCAGAUACAGCACCAGCACCAGCAGCAGCAGCAGAAGGUGGUGAACCCUCACGGCCACAUACGCUCCCAAGGCAUCGCCGCCAAGUGGAAACACCUGCAAGAGCGGCAGAAAGGACGCAACCGCCGAACCCACGAGUUGGAGCGAGCCCCCCGCAGCGUGUGACCUGACUCCGCCAAACCCAUCCUGCGAUCACCUGGUUAUUUCUUCUGCUCACCACCAACACUGACUGGACAGAGACUCUGCCGGCAGGUGCAUUUCAGCGUGGGCAUCUGUGUUUUCUCUUCAGCCGACUGGAAGAGACAGGAUGUUGCUAUUAUCUCAGCUGGCCUCUGUGGCCUCAGAACUGCGACGGGUCAGCGCUGAAAAAAAAAAAAAAAAAAACUUAAAAAAUAAAAAGAACCGGACUCUACUGACGCGACUAACUUCACGUGGAUCGCUGGAAACACGAAGAAACCAUUCAUGAUCUGACCUGCACAAUACCCGGAAAGACACUCACCAACAGUUAAAGUCAUGUAGCUUAGCAACACUGUAUUGUGCGACGUCAGCUAGAAAGGGAAAGACUCGUCCCAGUUUCAGUCUUCAGUUCUCAAACGUUUGUCAGCGAGGAGAUUCGAGGAGCUUCGGCGCCACAGAUAAGCUUCGAUCCACCUCCGUCCCGUCACCACACUUUGUUUCAAUGCUUCAUUUCACUUGUAUUUAUUGAUAGAUUUAUAUAUGCUAUUUUUAAACAGGCUGUUUUUAGAGAAAUUUAUCUUUGAUUUACGAUGUGUACCUGGACCAACGGCUUAAGAACCUGUGUGAUACUCAUCAAUACUGUACCAUAAUAACCACGUGGUCCGUCAAUCGCACUGAGCAAUAACAACCCACGACUUGUAUCCUGCUUCCAAAAUAUUUCAUAGACUGUGAAUUCAUUUUGGGACUCAGCAUUUACCACAACCCUGGAAUGUAGCUGUGAAAAUGAUGUAAAUACGAUAACUAUGUUUGAUGACACUGUGUACUAGUGCAUGUGAAUAUGAUGGUAAUGUCCCCGCUCUGCUAAUGCCACUUGUCCUCUGUCACUGUUUGUUCUGUUCGCUUAUGCAGUACGCAAGAAAAAGAUCUCUUACAAGGUUGUACAUAUCAUUUCUAUAUAUGCGUGUUGAUAAUAAGCUAAAGUAGAUAUGUAUAAAGAAAAGUUUAUCACCAGGUGACACACCAUUACAGCGCAUCAUUCCGAAACUGACUUUACAAGCUCCUUCUCGAUGAGAAUGACACGGCUGUACUGUGGUCAUGACAGUGUCAUCAUGAUCAGAGAGGAUUUUAGGCUCCACACGUGCGGAAAUAAAGCAUGAUCAUGACAGCGACAAUGAUGUAGUCUACUGACCUAAUAAAUGUCCUGAUGAAGCGCCGCUUCUUUUUUUAUU